UGUAUGCCGCCCAAGAAUUAUUAUUAUUGUGUGUCGCCGGUUUUUCGUGAAUUUAGCUCGGAAUUAAGUGAACCUAUGUAAUUUUGGUAAUUUUGAGUUAAGUGCAACAAUGGCGACAGUAAAGUCGGCCGGAACCACCGAACCAAUGACUCAGAUGAGCCAUUAUCGGUCUUACGUGAACAUGCUUGCAGACCCGAAUGCGAAGGAUGAACUCAAACUCAAGGUUGCUCAGGAGCUCAGCGAGAAUUAUGAGGUUAUCGUCAGCUCUCCUCAAUACGCGUCGUUCCUGGAGCAUUCCAUUAAAAUUUUCAUCAAAAUCUUGAGCGAAGGGGAGCCGCAUUUCAUCGCAGAAUACAAUAUUCAGCAAGUUCGGAAGCUGAUUUUGGAAAUGAUCCAUCGCCUUCCAACUGGUGACCCCCUACGGAUUCACGUCAAGCCUUUGAUUUCCUUGAUGUUCAAGCUUUUGGAAGUAGAAAAUGAGGAAAAUGUCCUUAUUGCCCUGAGGAUAAUCAUAGAGCUGCACAAGCAGUACCGACCUGGCUUUGGUCCGGAGAUACAACACUUUCUGAGCUUUGUUAAAUCCAUCUACCUUAACUUGCCUAAUCACCUGGAUAAGAUAUUUGAGCCGAAACCUACUUUAAGAGUAAAAGAGUUGGCCGAGAUCAACCUAGAGCCACACCUGGCGGAAACAUACACAGUGACUCCAAUCACCAGCGAAAAGAAAACUCCUGAUGGAACUCCAAUCACCUACAACUUGAUUCCAAAAGCGAUUCACUCACUCAAAGUUCUCCAAGAGCUUCCAAUCAUUGUUGUCCUGAUGUACCAACUCUACAAAAACAACGUGCAGAAAGAGGUUGAAGAGUUUGUGCCUGUGAUCAUGAGCACAGUAACUUUAGCGCCUGCCCAGCAUCACCAAGACAACCCACUCUUCAAUAAAGAGGUCUUUGUUGACUUCAUGGGAGCUCAAAUUAAGACCCUGUCCUUUCUGGCUUAUGUGGUGCGAAUUUAUCAAGAGACAGUGAGCCAGCACAGCAAUUUGCUUGUCCAGGGAGUGCUUGGCCUGUUGACAUUGUGCCCACCUGAAGUGACCCACCAGAGAAAGGAGUUGCUGGUUGCCGCGAGACACAUCCUGUCAACAGAACUGAGAGUCAAGUUUGUUCCAUUUCUAGACCAAUUGUUUGAAGAAAGGAUUCUGCUAGGCGGCGGUUGGACAGCGCAUGAAACUCUGCGACCUCUGGCUUACAGCACCUUGGCAGAUUUAGUGCAUCAUGUUCGGCACCUUUUGCCUGUUAAGCACUUGGCCAGUGCUGUGCAUCUUUUUUCUAAGAAUGUGCACGAUGAAUCUCUUCCAACCAACAUACAGACCAUGUCAUGCAAACUGCUUCUCAAUUUGGUUGAUCUGUUAAGACAGCGAAGCGAAUCAGAGGGAAAUGUUGCUCUAGGCAGGCAAAUCAUGAUGAGGAUGCUUGAAGUCUUUGUCCUGAAAUUCAAGACAAUCGUCAAACUGCAUCUGCCAGUUUUGGUGAACAAACUCAAACAGCCGAAAGAAGAGAUGAAGGUUGCGGAUACCAAGGAUAUCGAAAAAUCCAAAUUUGGCUUCCCACCUACACAAGCGCCCAACUACAAUGUGGCAGACUGCAGGAGUCUAGUGAAGACGCUGGUUUGCGGAGCUAAAACUAUAACAUGGGGCUGUGCUACCUGCAAAAAUCCUACUGGAGGUCCAAAAUUCCAGGCUAAAGAGACACUGAUUUUCAUCAAACUAGUCAAAUGGGCCCUUCAAGCUCUUGACAUCUACACACUUGGUUCUGCUCCUAUCAUUUUAGCCAACCCAAUGCAAGCAAGAGCGACUGCAUUGCAAACAGUCAGAAGCAAGGAAGAGCGCGAAGUUCUUGAGCACUUUGCGGGAGUGUUCACAAUGAUGGAUAGUCAAACAUUCCAAGAGAUUUUCUCAACCAGCAUUGACUACAUGGUGAACAGGAUCGCUAAAAACUCAGCACUGCAGAUCAUCGGCAACACAUUUUUAUCCAAUCCUUCGACCUCUCCCAUUUUUGCAACUGUUCUGGUUGAGUAUCUGCUAGAGCGAAUGGAUGAAAUGGGCUGCAAUAUAGAAAAAUCAAGUUUAUACCUGAGGCUUUUCAAGCUUGUAUUUGGAUGCGUUUCUCUGUUCCCUGCUGAAAAUGAGCAAAUGCUGAAGCCGCAUCUUCAUCAAAUUGUCAACAGAGCAAUGGAGUUAGCCCUCAGUGCUAAAGAGCCUUACAAUUACUUCCUUCUUCUCCGCGCCUUGUUCAGGUCUAUUGGAGGAGGCAGUCAUGACCUUCUGUAUCAAGAGUUCCUGCCGUUGCUACCACAUUUGCUGCAAGGGCUAAAUGGGCUGCAAAGCAGUCUGCACAAGCAGCACAUGAAAGACCUGUUUGUGGAACUCUGCCUCACCGUGCCUGUCAGACUGAGUUCCCUCUUACCUUAUCUGCCAAUGUUGAUGGACCCGCUUGUAUCUGCUCUCAAUGGCAGCCAUACACUGAUUAGCCAGGGAUUGCGCACGCUUGAGCUUUGUGUGGACAACCUUCAACCAGAUUUCUUGUACGAGCACAUUCAACCUGUCCGAGCUGAUCUCAUGCAGGCCCUCUGGAGGACCUUGAGGAACCCUGCAGAUCAAGUGGCGAACGUUGCGUUCAGAGUGCUUGGAAAGUUUGGUGGCGGCAACCGCAAGAUGAUGAUUGAACCUCAGAAACUUGAAUUCAAGCCGUCUGAUACCAAUGACCCGUGCAUUGUGGCACACUUCCCUGAGUGCAAGACCUCUAUUGCGCUGCCCGUUAGCAAGAUCAUUGAGACUGCAUUGAACGUCAUCAGGUGCAACACCAAUGACCCGUUUUACCGAAAGCAAUCUUGGGAGUGUGUCAAGUGCUACAUUGUGGCUUCUCUCAACCUUGAUGAUGAACAGAUUGCGCUUGGAAAAUAUCUCAUGCUGCCUUCAUUCACGGAGACAAAGAUCCCCUCACAAGGAGCUUCGCCGUUCACAUCUCCAGACAAAGAAGCUAGGAAGACUUUGCAGAACGCGCUCACAGCCAUGUUUGUUGCGGCAGCAAUCAAAGACCUUCGCCCUCAGGUGCUUCCAUUCAUGGUUGCCAUUGUGCGCCAUCUCACCCUUGUCGCAGUGGCACAAGAGGUAGGACCUCAGCGCCGCCAAACCACUGGCAUGGAUCCUUUGGUGUUGAUUGACGCCCUUGCUGUAAUCAUGGGACAUGAAGAAAAGGAACUAGUGAAACCUGGCAACCUUGCUUUGAUCCUGAUCAUCGAAUCUAGCGCAACUGUUUUGGGAGGCAAAGAACGGGCAUCGCAGUUGUCUUUCAUGCAGUACCUGGCAGAUAAAAUGUGCAACCUCUGCUAUGAGCGUGCUUGGUUUGCUAAAGUCGGCGGCUGCGUUUCCAUCAAAGCCAUGGUGCAUCGGAUGUGCCUCAAGUGGGUCUAUGAGCAUCUUUUCAUGUUUCUGAGAGCGUUGCUCUUUGUCAUGAUGGAUCUGACUGGAGAAGUCUCCAAUGGUGCUGUGGAUGUGGCUAAAAAUUUGCUGGAGAGAAUGCUUACAACAUGCGUUGCCCCUCCCCCUCUUGAACACAAAGACAGAGAAGAAUUACUUGCUGUUCAAAAGAAAAGCUUGUAUGAAGUUACUCAUGAAUUAACACGACAGGUCACAUCUCCAAACACCCUUGUGCGCCAGCAAGCAAUGCACCUGCUGAAACUCCUUGCAGACCUUCAGGGAAUGACUGUAACGGCUGUACUGGAGCCACACAAGAAUAUUCUGCAAGACAUAAUUCCUCCUCGACGCCACUUGCUAAGACACCAACCCUCUCAUGCUCAAAUCGGUCUCAUGGAUGGAAACACUUUCUGUACAACACUCGAACCACGCCUGUUCACUAUUGAUGUUGCUAUUGAAGAGCACAAGACUUUCAUUAAAGAUGUCAUAUUCAUUUGCGAGCAAGAUGACGCCAGCUUGCAAAAGAACCCAUGCUAUAAGUCCCUGUCAAACCUGGUGACCAUUAGGAAGUCAGCUAUGAGAGCGCUUGCUGCUUGCCACUACAUUCCUGCUCAAAGAGACGAAAUCUUCACGGUGUUGUACAAAGCGCUGGAGAGGCCCAAUGCAGAACUGCAGGAAACUGCGUUUGAAUGCAUGAAGCAGUUCAUUUCAGGGUGUCAGGUUGAUAUUGCUAAGGUGCAUGCACUAAUGAGGCCUUUGCUGCUUACCCUUGGUGACCACCGCAAUUUGACUCCAAACGGCAUCAAACGGUUGUCUUACCUGACUCUACUCUUCCCAACUAGCUUCAAUGAAAAGCUGUGCGAGCAACUGCUAGCACACAUUCGAAAGCUUUUGGAAGUGACUGUAUCACAGGGUGGCAAAUUCGAUUCAGAAGUGGAAAAGAUGUCCGCACUUGUUUCAAUGUUCCAUCAGAUUCCUGCUGCUACUUCCAAGUGGCUGGAUAAAUUGAGCAGGGUUGUAUUCCAGACAGAGCAGCAGCUUCAAAUUGAAGCCAGCUCGCCUUUCAGGCAACCGCUUUUAAAGUUCCUCCUACGAUUUCCAAACGAGACAAUCUUGCUGUUUUUGAAUGAUGCUAAUAUUAAAGAACAGCAAUGGAGCAGGUACCUUGAAUAUGUCAUCAAGCAGAAAGAGGGUGAACCCAUUAGGGAGAUAUUGCAGAACAGCACUUCGCGCCUGAUUGAAAUGGCAAAGGGAAUCAGCGUGAAUGGAACACCGCUUGCAGAGCCUGAGCGAAGCGAAAUAGUGCAUCAAAGUAUCCGUCUUACAUUUGUCCUCUCCCGUCUCAAUGAGGAAUGGCUCUCUGAACAAGCGCUCUUGAUUGAAACUUUGUUGGAUAUUUGGUGCUCAGCAGGAAUGCAAGCAGUUGCAGAUAGUACAGAAUACUGGCAGCAGCCCCACUUGCUGGUCAAAAUUCUGCUUCGCUACUUCUGCAAGCACACUGACAACAUUAAUCUCCUGUUCCAACUCCUGAGAGCAUUUUGCGGGCGCUUCAUGCCAGACUUCUACUUCCUGAGGGACUUUUUGGAGACAACUGUUGCUCCAAAAUAUUCAGUUGAUUGGAAAAGAAGAGCCUUUUUCCUGUUUGUUGACUUGUUUGUCGAUCCAUUGAAGAAUGGUCAGCAACCUCUAACCCAAGAACUGAAAGCCAAAAUCCUGCAGUACAUCAUUAUCCCAUGCUUCUCGCACAGUUUUGAGAUUGGUGAAGGAGAAACUCUAAUUGGGUCGCCAGCUGCCCCUGAGCAAGACAAUUCUGAUAAUGUCGUUAGCGUGUUCAUUAGCCAAGUUAUUGAUCCAGAGAAUCCCUUCGGCAACACAGACUCUGUUAGAAUUUUGCUCCUCCAAUUCUCGUGUUUACUAGUGGAGCAAGCAUCACCUCACAUACACGAUGCAGCAAACAAGCGCCAAGGCAGCAAACUCCGAAGACUGAUGACAUUUGCUUGGCCAUGCUUGCUUGGCAAAAACUGUGUUGACCCGGCAACCCGCUAUCAUGGCCACUUGCUUCUCUCGCACAUCAUUGCUAAGUUUGCUAUUCACAAACGUAUUGUCCUACAGGUCUUCCAUAGCUUGCUUAAGGCACAUGCACUUGAGGCAAAGUCCGUAGUGAAACAGGCACUAGAAAUUCUGACACCAGCCAUGCCUGUCCGAAUGGAGGAUGGAAACACUAUGCUUACACACUGGACCAAGAAGAUUAUUGUUGAAGAGGGCCAUCUCAUGCCUCAACUCUACCACAUCCUUCAACUUGUUGUCCGCCACUACAAAGUUUACUAUCCUGUCAGGCAUCAUCUUGUUCAAUAUAUGGUAACAUCAAUACAGAAGCUCGGAUUCAGCCCAACCUUGGCAAUGGAACACAGAAAACUAGCUGUGGAAUUAGCUGAAGUGGUUAUUAAAUGGGAACUUCAGCGUAUUAAGGAUGAAACAUGUGAAAGCGCAUCUUCCCCUGUCCAAACGCCAGCUGUUAUUGGUGAAAAACGCCCUGCCUCCCAAUCAGAUGAUGAGCCUCCCCGCAAGAGACACACGUCUGGUACUUCUGGUCCUUUGCCAAAGCCUUUUGAAGGAAGCUCAAAGCAAAUCGACAAGGUUCAUGCCGACGCAAUUCUCAAUGUACUAUUACGCCUUGCUUGCCAAAUAACUGAGAGUCAGGGAUCAAAUGCAUCCACAAGUGGACAGCCAUCACAGGGAGAAAUCCUAUCCAGGCGAUGUGUUGCUCUCUUCAAAACAGCCCUAAAACCUGAAGUUUGGUUUCAUGUUGACCUGCGGAUCGCAUGGAUUGACAAGCUACUUGCAAAUGCAAAUUUACCCCAACCAACAGGAAAUUCAAACAACAUGGGAAACCCAAAUAUAUCCAAUAUUUGCACCGCCCUUGAAAUGCUCACGUACCUUUUGAUGGUCUUCAACCAAGACCAGAUUUUGGCGACCUUCAAAUACUUGCAAAAAGGAUUGAAUGCAUGCAUGACUUGCACCAAUUACAAGGUCAUCCGUCUUGUACAUGGCUUGCUUUCAAGGCUGAUGAGCGUCUUCCCAACUGAGCCAGCCACCUCCCAAGUUGCAUCACAGCAUGAUGAACUUAAUGGUCUAUAUGCAUCAGUCAGUAGAGUCAUUCAUGAGGGAUUGGAAACCUUUGAUAAAAAUCAAAAUGCACCAAUUUCAAGCUUGUUCGGCGUGUUGAUGUUGCUCAAAGCAGCUUGUAUCAGCAACGUGUGUUAUGUUGACCGCUUGAUCUCACUCUCAAUGCGGGUCUUGCAAAGAAUUACCAGAGACCAUCUGGCAUCCCUGCAGCAGCCUCAAGCUAGUGGUGGAGACAGCAGUCCUGUGGCUAAUGAAAUGCUCAUUGUAAGCUUGGACCUGCUGAAAGGCCGUGUUGGAGUGAUGGGACAAGAAAUGAGAAAAAACUUCAUAGGCACAAUCUUGUCCAGCCUCAUUGAAAAGUCAAACGAUUCCAAAGUUAUGAAAGCCAUUAUCAAAAUGAUGGAAGAGUGGAUUAAGAGCAAAGAUCCUCAGGUUAUAAACCAAGGUCCAUCACUCCGAGAAAAAUCCAUUUUGCUUACUAAACUGGUGGCAAAUGUUGAGAAGAGAUUUUCUGACGAACAAGAUUUGAUUGCCAGUUUCCUUGAAAUCAUCAACUUUAUCUACAGGGAUGAGUCUUUGAAGCAAUCAGAACUUGUGUCAAAACUGGAGCAAGCUUUCAUGUAUGGCCUUCGUUGCAACCAACCAGCCAUCAGAAUGAAGUUCUUUGAAGUGUUUGAUGCCAGCGUAAAGAAACGCUUAUACGACAGGAUGCUGUACAUAAUCACUUCCCAAAACUGGGAGAGUAUGGGUCCGCACUACUGGAUCAAACAAUGUGUCGAACUGCUGCUUACAACUGCACUUCCAGACACCGAGAUUCGCACUUCCUGCACUUCAAUUGUAGUUCCUGGAGUUAAUAGCGCAAUGGUUGACGACAGAUCAUCACUUUUAAAUGUUAAAGAGGAACCUGUGGAAGCACAGGAAGAAAGGUUUGAAGAGCUUGAUUUUGAGAUUGGAGAUGACGAUCUUCGAAAGCAAGUCAGAACAGAUUAUCCAGACAGAAGACAAGCUAUCCGAUUGUUAGUAACAAGACAAAUCAAAACAUAUGGGUCGUGGAAGGAAAUCAAAACUGCACACUUUUUGAGUGCAGCUGCGCAUCUUUGCCACUUUGAAUCUAGCCUUGCAGAAAAGGUUUGGCUGGAACUGUUUCCCAGAGCGUGGAAAAUCAUCUCUGACAAGCAGCAGGCUUCGCUGCAAUCUGAAAUGGUUCCUUUCUUAAGCAGCGGUGCACAUGUCAGUCAAAGAGAUUGUCAGCCAAGCGCUCUAAACGCACUGAUAGAGUCUGUUGCAUUGUGUGACCCACCAAUCCCAAUCAAACCUGCCUUGAUGACAUACCUUGCCAAAACGCACAACCUCUGGCAUCGAAUGGCGCUCAACCUGGAGAGGCUCGCUUUUGACCCUGUGUAUGCUGCUAAAAUGAUUGAAGAGAAACCUGGCGAUUGCUAUGACUUUGAGCCGACCCCAGGAUCUGCAUUGCCUCAAAAAGAAUCCAUGGAUGCUCUCUCUGAUCUCUAUUGGAACCUCUGUGAAGAAGAUCUUUGGGCAGGUCUAUGGCAGAAACAUGCUCAUUUCAAGGAGACCAGCGUUGCCAUAGCUUGGGAACAACAGGGUUAUUUUGAACAGGCUCAAGCAACCUACGAAGGAGCAAUGAAGCUUCUUAAGGAUGAAAAAGCCACAAGCACUCCUCAGGCGCAAGCUUCCAUCCAGAGAGAAGUUGCGCUUUGGGAGAAGCACUGGAUCAGGUGUACUAAAGAAUUGAACCAAUGGGAACAGCUUCUAGAGUAUGGCAAAAGUAAUGUUGGCAACAACGCGCAUCUUUUAUUGGAAAGUUCUUGGCGCGUCCCCGACUGGGCCCUCAUGAAGGAAUGCCUGUUGCAAGUCGACCAAAACUGCCCAAAAGAACUUCAAUGGCAGUUACAUUUAUACAAAGGCUACCUAGCAGUCUGUAAUACAGAAGAUCAGCAUCUUGGAAUUGUUGAUCGGCAUGUGGAAAAUGCCAGUGCCAAUUGCAUGAAAGAGUGGCGCCGACUGCCAAGAGUUGUUUCGCAUAUUCACCUUCCUCUUCUUCAAGCUGCCCAACUGAUUAUGGAGCUUCAAGAAGCAGCUCAAAUCCACCAAGGUUUUCAUCAUACGCGACCAAAUUCUCUGCAUGACAUGAAAGCAAUCGUCAAGACCUGGAGAAACCGUUUGCCAGUAGUUGCUGACAAUUUGAGCCAUUGGGGCGAUGUGUUCACCUGGCGGCAACACCAAUUCUCAUUCAUUUCCAACCACUUCAGCCAAGGAGGAGAAGGGAACGCAGCUAACAACCAUUCAAUUAUUGGAGCGCAUUCCUCUGCAUCAGCCAUUAUCACCUUUGGGAAAAUUGCUCGCAAGCACGGAUUAGUAAAUGUGUGCAUCAACUCACUCUCUCGCAUAUACACAAUUCCGUCCGUGCCCGUCAUGGACUGCUUCCAAAAGAUCCGACAACAGACCAAGUGCCACCUGCAGACAGGCGGACCAAAAGAACAGGCAGAGUGUCUUGAUUUGAUUGAAGGCACUAACCUCUCCUUCUUCACCAAGGACAUGGUUGCUGAGUUCUAUGCCAUCAAAGGACUCUUGUUGACCAAGUCUAACCGCCAAGAUGAAGCAAAUAAGGCGUUUUCUGCUUCUGUGCAGCUCUUCGAUACUCUAGCCAAAGGAUGGUCUCUGUGGGGAGACUAUCUGGAAGGUGUUUUUGCACAGCAAAAGGAAGAAAAAUCGCUUGGAGUUGCAGCCAUUGCUUGUUACUUAAAUGCGUGCCGCCACCAAACAGAGCAGAAGUCGCGGAAAUACCUAGCCAAGGUCUUAUGGCUUCUUUCCUACGAUGAUUCACAUGGUCAGCUUGCCGAAGCCAUUGAAAAAUACUCAGGUCAAGUUCCACCGUUACAAUGGCUGGCUUGGAUUCCUCAACUGCUCACUUGCUUGGUCACUCAAGAGGGCAAGGUGGUCCUCAAUCUGCUAAGUCAAGUGGGAAAAAUGUUUCCUCAAGCAGUGUACUUCCCGAUUCGAACUCUGUACUUGACCCUGAAGAUAGAACAGCGGGAACAUGUUAAAUGGCUUAGCACAGAUGGGGGAGAUCAAAAGACUGCAGCUAGUAAAGCUACUGGUAAGAUGUCAAACAGGCUUGUUAGUUGCACAUUAAAUUCUGACACGAAUUGUUUAGAUGGUGGAUCUUCAACCAGUCAAGCAGACACCAAGAAGCAAGGAGACACCAUGACCAUUCGAGCGACACCACCAAUGUGGCGCUGCUCAAGGAUCAUGCACAUGCAGCGGGAAAUUCACCCCACUGUGUUGGCUUCCCUGGAAGGCAUAGUGGACCAACUAGUUUGGUUCAGAGAGUCUUGGUACGAAGAAGUGCUCCGGCAACUUCGCCAGGGCUUGGCAAAAUGCUACACCCUCGCUUACGAAGGACGGCUCGACGUUAAUGAUACAAAGAUCACUCCUCACACUUUGAACUUUGUCCGGAAGCUGUCGUCUACUUUUGGUAUUGGGGAAGUUCAAAAUACCAGUGCAUCAGGCAGCAACCUGUACUCUGGCUCGUCGGAUAGCCUAGCCAAGAGGACUCUGACUACAAUUCAAGACCCAGUAUUCCACAAGAUGAAAGAGCAAUUCAGAAAGGAAUUUGAGUUCUCCGCGCCAGAAACAAUGGGAGUUCACAACCUAAUAAACAAGCUGAAAAAGUGGAUCAAAACUCUAGAAAGCAAGGCCAAAGUGCUUCCCAAGUCUUUGUUGAUUGAGGAGCGCUGUCGAUUCCUUAGCAAUUUCUGCCAACAAACUGCUGAAGUCGAGUUGCCAGGCGAACUGCUGCUUCCUAGGCAUGCUCACUAUUACGUACGAAUCGCUCGGUUCAUGCCCAAGGUCGAAGUUGUGCACAAGCACAACGCCGCUGCUCGCAGAUUGUACUUAAGAGGGCACAACGGGAAAAUUUACCCAUACCUGAUAGUGAACGACUCGGGCCUGGGAGAAGCCAGACGAGAGGAAAGAGUGCUGCAGUUGCUCAGGCUACUCAACUUGUAUUUGGGGAAGAAAAAAGAAACAUCGCGCCGCUUCCUCCAUAUCACUGUGCCAAGAGUUGUGCCUGUUGCACCGCAAAUGCGACUGGUAGAGGACAAUCCUCACUCCUUAGCGCUCAUAUCGAUUUUCAAGCAGAAACUCGCUAGCAAAGGAUUAGAUCCAGACAGCCCAAUUGCUCAAUACUAUGACAAACUCAAGGCCCUGCAAAAUCAGGGACAGCAGGCUAGCCACCAAAUGCUGCUAAACCUCAUGAAGGAAAUUCAAAACACAAUGGCCCCACCUGACAUUCUGAAAGAGUGGGCUCUGAGUUCCUUCCCCCAAGCGACUGAGUACUGGACAUUCAGAAAGAUGUUCACUGGCCAACUCGCACUGGCUGGGCUAAUGGAAUACGUGCUGCACCUGACCCGUCUCAACCCAGACAUGAUUUACAUUCACCAGGAUACAGGACUGAUCAAUGUUGCGUACUACAGAUUUGACCUUGAUGACAACACUGGCGAGCUUGUGGCGCAAAGGGCGGUACCACUUCGUCUGACGCCAGCCCUCUCCGAGUUCAUCACUCAAGUUGGCAUCAACGGGCCUCUCACCGCCAGCAUGGUGGCUGCUGCGCGUUGCCUCGCACAACCUAGCUAUAAAAUCAUUAACAUCCUUAGAGCGAUUUUGAGAGAUGAAAUGAUUAGCUGGCACAAAAAGAGCCAAAUGCAAAAGAAACCUGAUGAGCGGACAAUACAAGACAACAAUAUGCCCCCUCCUCUUGAUGGUGAGCAGUUGGUAGCAACAGUUUCUAAGGCAGCGAAUGACAUCUGCAAGCGGCUGAACCUUCUUGCAAAUCUGGAAACUCCUCAGCCAUCUGCCACUGGCGAAGCCCUGCCACACGUUGAUAAACUUUUGAGUGAAAGGGUUGGACAGAUCAUCUCUGCUGCAUCCAGUCCCCUCAAUCUUUGCAGAAUGGAUCCUGCGUGGCAUCCCUGGCUAUAAUUUCAGAGCUGACCCUGCCUGGCAUCUCGGACUUUUACUAUUUAAGUUAUUUUCAUAAUCAAUUCAGUACUGAUGUCUUUUGAAUAAAAAAAAGUUGAGAAUA